CAACUUGCGACUCGCACGCGUGCUUGCGCUUUCAUAAAGCCAAAUUACAACGCAUCGACAGAAGCACUUGCCGUGCAUCAUAUCUAUCCUUGACUAAGGCAAGAAUGGAUCGCGACCGAGGUCGAAGGUGAGUCCUAAAUCGUUUGCUUCUAUGUGCCUAUUGCAUCUUGCGUUCUUCUUCGUCUUGGUCUUCAUCAUCGUUACGCCUCCCAUCGUUUUGCGACACCAUUUCGGCAUCUCUAGCACCACCCGUCGAUACCCUCGAAACACGCUACACGGGAGCCUAUCGACCAACUGAGCGAUUGUAUGAUGGAUGGCCAUAUUGGGAUGGAGGAAAGCGGAAGCGACUCUCAAGAAACCAUCGAAGAUACAUCCGAGUUCGAGCAGUCGCCUGGCGAGCUUGUGCAGAUUGUUCGAUGACACUGGUACAUUGACGAGGUUUACCGGGUCAUCUGCGGACGGCGAAGCCAUCUUCAUGAACUAGGCCGUGAACCAAUGGGGAUAUUGGUGAUGGUCUGGCUGCACUCCCAUCCACAUUUAGCAUAUCGCUUCGGUAUCUCUGUUGUUCGGAUUUCUACCCUGAAUGCAUAUUGUAAUGUUCUUGGGAAGGCAGAACUUUCGAUCAACCCAUGCCAGCCCAUACCCUAGGAGAUACUGCUGGGUUCCCUUCCAUUUUGCCGGCAUUUCGUCCCAAUCCACAGGCUUGUCAGGGCGAGGAUGGAUAGGAAUGCUGGGGGGACUGAAGCCUGGAAGCGUGUCAAGCGACGCUGGCCGUAUUAUCACAGUAUUCUGGACCUUCCGCUGGAAUACCCGAGAUUCCGCUAGGAUCGAUUAAGACAGAGACUGUACUCCUGCCUUCCUAUUGAUCUUGGCCGUCGCACAAUAUUUGGUAUGACCUUUGCCACAAAUUGGCAGGGAUCAUGACGGCUUAGCAGGCCACAGUUUGAUGAUGGGGAAGUCGUUAGAUACGGCGCUGGAGAGUCAUGGAGGCCCACUCCUCGAGACCGGUCGCCUAGGCGGGUUAGAAGUCCGGUUAGAGAGCGAGCAAGGAGCCCUCGACCUAGAAGUCCACGUCCCCGGAGUCCAAUUCCUUCUGGAUCCGAUAGCUAUGUGCCGGGCAGAUAUCCACCACGUCGUAGGUCGAGAAGUGGAGGAGACCGAUACCGGCGAGAGCGAUCAAGAGAACGCGAGAGUCCGCGCCGGCGAGAGCGUAGUAGGUCUAUGCGGCGGCCAUCUCCUCGACGUAGUUUAUCCCGGAGAAUUUCUCCUCCACGUGGAGCGGAUAGAUAUGAAAGGCCCCGGUCCCCUGCCCCUGGCAGAGAUUGGGACCGCGAUCGUGAGAGGGUCAGAGAUAGAGACUGGGACCGUGACAGAGUACGCGAUAGGGGUCGUGACUUUGAGCGGCGUGACGAAAGGCGGCGAUCUAGGUCUCCAUUUGGUGUGAUUCGCCGCGACAGAACUCCUCCUGUACGGUCUCCCGUGACAGGUCCUCGUGGUGGCUCAUACAGACCACGUUCGCGUUCCAUGAGUCGACGCGGAAAUGACCGAUGGCAGUCAUACAGGCGCGUCAGCCCCCCGAGAGAAUCUGGAAUCUCAUCUGCGAUCACUUCUCAGUCAGCCUCUGGAAGAUCGUCACCGCGACCGAGUUCCCUGAGAGCUCGUUCACCACUUCAGUCCCGAGAAGAGUCUCCCCAUCAUCAUGCCAUGGCUGGUGCGGCACCACCAAGGGAGACACCAAGGCCUGGACCUUACGAUAUAAACACAUCAGGCCCCACUCGAUCACCACCACGAGGCCCUGCAGCGCUGAGAGCUCCUCCAACUGGCCCUGCAGCAAACAGAAACCCCGCAGGGCCAGUAUCUUCACCAGCCCUGCCUCCUCCCGCUCGGACUCAGACACCUACGGCUCCUCCUCUGCGUUCAGGUACCACAAGCCCCACCGUUCCCCCAGCUGGCCCACGAGGUUAUGUGCCUCCAGCUAGAGGUGGGUUUGCCCCCCGAGGAGGCAGAGGUGGCUGGAAUCAAGCGCCAGCAAGACACAUUUCAGGACCUUCACCAACUCCUUCAACUCCCAGUGGACCUUCAGCCAUUCCCACUGGCCCACGUGCGACUCCGUCAAAUACAUCGUCAACCUCGACAACGACGCAAUCUCGACCGUUCAAUCCUCCGACUGGGCCAUCAGCUCAACAUGCUGGUAGCGCACGGCAGACUUUGGCGCAAUCCAUGCUUGCGACACUCCCCCCCAUCAUCCCGGGCGGCAAGUUGGACCCUUCCAUGACGCCUCUCGCUCUUGGCGUAACUCGAGAACUUGAGCCACAUUAUCGCAAGCUGAAGGACGAGGAGGAGAAGUUGAGAGAUGAACUGCAUGCGAAGCAAGAGCGGCUACGGAAAAGUCUGUACACGUGGAAUAGACUCGAACGUGACUCGCGAGCGUGGGAGAUGCGGAGUGACCUGAGCGAGAAGAGCAUGAAGAACCUGGCUGGUGAAGGUAUGGGUGGUGCUGCAUUUUAAAAACAUGUGCCACAAGAUGCUGUUAGGAACUUGGCGCUAGAGGAUUAUUGUUAAUGCUUGUAUGAUUGUCGAAUAUGCAGGACUGGGUUCCUGUAAGCGUUGCUUCCAUUUGCUUCUGGUCAUGAAAAAGCUCAAAACUUGGGAGAUUUGCAUGUUUACAUUCAUUGGGUCGAGACGUCCUGCUUGUACAACAGUUGUAUGAGAGAUAAUAAUUAUGAUGAGCCUAUCGUAUGUGAAUUCAGCCAAGCUAUUGCCUUUGGAG